AUGCCGCUCCCCUCCCUCUCCCUCCCCGGCUGGUUCCACUCCCGCAACGUCGAUCUCAUAUCGCGAGGCACGCGGCGGCCGACCCCAGUAGGACGGAGCAUAUUCAUCGUGCUGCGCGCGCUCGACCCACUGCUGCAAUACAGCAUCCUAGCGCACGGCACACUAUCCAGCAUCCCACACGCGCUGGGCCUACGGACGCACACGCCGGGGCUCCCCACAACCACCGGGCUCGCGGUCAUCGACUCCUUCGGGCUAAGCCCGUACCGGCUCGCACUACUCGGCAUGGCCGUCGGCAGCGCCGCCAAGCAGAUCUACUGGGCAGGCAUGAUAUCCCUCGAAGAGAUGCCCGCCUCCGCAGCAGUGGAAGUCGCGCUCUUCAACAGCGUCAGCAACAGCGUCAACGCGCUGGCGUUCACGUGCGCGGCGCUGUCCGCCAGCGCGCCCGGGACGGCGUUUCCGCCUGCGCCGCUAGUCGCGGGCGGCGCGCUGUAUGCGGUUGGGUUGGCGCUGGAGUGGUGGUCCGAGGUGCAGCGCGCGGGGUUCAAGGCUAGUUCGAAGAACGCCGGAAAGCCGUUUACGGGCGGCUUGUGGAGCUUGGCCAGGCAUGUUAAUUAUGGUGGGUAUACGCUUUGGCGCGCGGGCUAUGCGCUUGCGGGUGCGGGCUGGGCGUGGGGCGCGUUUGUGGGCAGCUUUUUUGUCUGGGAUUUCUCGACGCGCGCGGUGCCAAUUCUGGAGAGGUAUUGUGCCGCCAAGUACGGUCAGGCGUGGCAGGACUUUCAGCAACGGACGCCGAGGACGUUGAUUCCGUUCCUGUGGUGA